AACGCAAAGAAAUGAGAGCAUGUUCGGGCUGUUCCAAGCAGCAGAGAGAAGAGAAGCAACCUAACAUCCAGCCCAGCCGCGAGAAAGAGAUCCCGCCGAAUCCCCAAACCCAACCACCGCGCCUCGCCCGCCUCUCCGGCGACCCCCAGAUCCCGCCGGCGGCGGAGGCGGGGAGGCGAAGAUGUUCUAUGGGGCGAUGGUGUGGGAUCCGUGGCUGAUCGUGUCGCAGAUCGUCUGCCUGCAGUGCCUCUACUACCUCGCGCUCGGCCUCCUCAUGGCGCUCCUCGUCGGCACCCGCGUCCCCCGCCUCACACUCCUCUACCUCUUCGACUUCGCCACCCUCACCCCGCGAACCACCACCGGCUGGUGCGCCAUCGCCUCCUUCCUCCUCGCCGCCGUCGCAGGUGCUGCGUUCAUGCUUUAUGUGAUUGAGAGAGCCAAGAAGUGCCUGGACUUUGCAGCUACCCUCUACAUUAUUCAUCUGUUUAUUUGCAUUAUUUAUGGUGGAUGGCCAGCUUCAAUUACAUGGUGGGUUGUUAAUAUCGUAAGUUUGGCAAUCAUGUCCCUCCUUGGUGAAUACCUCUGCAUCAGGCGGGAGCUAAGAGAUAUUCCAGUAUCACGGAUUCGUGCAAGUGUUUAAAAUCUCAGACUAAAGGAGUAUAGAUGGCUUCCAACUGUUGUUUACCUCCCCUUCCCCCACAAGAGAUGGUUGUUAAUAUGGUUCUUAGGAAUACAAAAACUCGCGAUGCAUGCUUUAUUCUGUGAUCUACAGCCGAUACUAUUCGAUCUUGCAAAUAUUUUGCUGUUAUGCUUGAUCUCUCAUUAGAGUCACCAGAGAUCCUAACGGCAUUGCAGGCGAGGCUUCUGAAUUCCCAUUAGUGUAAUGGGAUGGCAGCUCAAUUUUUGUGGCAUCUAUCAAGUCGUCCCUCCCUAUGGAUAGUGACAAAAAAAGGCUGCUGUUUGACAAUUUGUAUGACUAGAUAACGAUACCUUAAAAUUGUGUUCGUUAGUGAGGCUGAUAACAUGCAAAUCUUUGUCGUACCAUUCAAUUCUUGCGUAGAUGUUAGUUGCAGGUAAUAUAGCUAUUGUUUUCUCUUCAGUUCGUGUCAGCUGAAUUCUUUGUGACCACGGCACAUCACUUGUUGGAACUCAACAUCUUGUUUUCAGAAUGUUCCAAGUCCAUAUUUUA